CGUAGGCUGACAGUGAAGCCAAAGAUGGCUGCUAACUUCAGGCUUCGUAGGGAUCCCUUAGCUGAAAGCUUAUGAAUGAAGUUUUUAAUUGUAAAUCGCCUUAUACUGCUGAUCGUGUGGAUCAAUCUGUGCAUGACUUGACAAAUUCAUUUACCGCAACCCAAUUCCAAACAAGUGAGGUUAAAGUCUCGUAUGAAUUCCGACGAGAAGGAGGACUGUGAGUGUGCGCCACCACAGGCCGACAUUAGCCCAGCAGGAGGAGCUGACAGAGAAUUCGACGAGCUUGAAGUAGAAAACCCAGAAGCAAGCCGAAUGAAGCGAGCGGCUGCCAAGCAUCUAAUAGAGCGCUAUUACCACCAGUUAACCGAGGGCUGUGGGAAUGAAUCAUGCUCCAACUCAUGGUGUGCCUCAUCGUCCGGUUUCCUUCGCAUGGACAACAACGCGGCGGCAGUCAAAGCCCUUGAGCUCUACAAGGUCAAUGCAAAACUUUGCGACCCCCACCCUUCAAAGAAAGGUACGGCUUCGGCCUACUUGGAGAAUAGCGCUCACUGCAACUUGCCGUGCAGCAAUACCAAGAUGAACCACAAGGAUGUCCACUCCGUACGGGACAAUUUCAAAGAUGUGAAUUACCUGACAGAGGAGAAAGUGUACGAGAUCUUGGACAUCUGCGGCGAGAAGGAGGAUUAUUCCCCUCUCAUCAGGGUAAUUGGCCGUGUGUUCUCCAGCGCCGAGGGCCUGGUGCAGAGCUUCCGAGGGUCCAAGCCUCACACCAAGGAGGAGCUGAAGUCACUCCAGGAAAAAGACGAGGACAAAGACGAAGACGAGAAAGAGGCCGCUGCGUGUUCGACAGCGAUGGAGGAGGACUCCCCGACCUCGGCUUCAUCGCGGCUCGGAGAGGGGUCAUCGGGCUACAACGAUGUCCAAAAGCUGGCACCGGAUGAGGUGUCGGUGGACAUCGAAGCUGUACGACGCGUGUACGAGCGCCUCCUGUCCAAUGAGAAGAUAGAAGCCGCUUUCUUGAACGCACUAGUCUACCUGUCCCCUAAUGUAGAGUGUGACCUCACAUAUCAUAAUGUAUACUCCCGUGAUCCAAAUUACCUGAACCUGUUUGUCAUAGUAAUGGAGAACAGCAACCUUCACAGUCCCGAGUACUUGGAAAUCGCCCUCCCCCAGUUCUGCAAGGCCAUGAGCAAACUCCCUCUGGCCGCUCAGGCCAAACUCUCUCGACUGUGGUCGCACUACAGUGCUGAGCACAUUAAGCGCAUGGUGGAGACCUUCCAGCAGCUCAUUACCUACAAAGUCAUUAGCAACGAGUUCAACAGCCGCAACUUGGUGAAUGACGACGACGCCGUGGUGGCGGCCACCAGGUGCUUGAAGAUAGUCUACUAUGCAAACGUGCUCGGCGGUGACCUCGAUACGGAGCACAACGAGGAAGAGGACGAGGAGCCCAUACCGGAGUCCAGCGAGCUCACACUGCAGGAGCUGCUGGGUGAGGAGAGGCGGAACAAGAAGGGCCCUCGAGUGGACCCCCUGGAGACGGAGCUGGGCAUCCGCACCAACGACUGCCGGCGGCCGCUUAUCCCCUUUGAGGAGUUUGUUAACGAGCCUCUGAACGAGGUUCUGGAGAUGGACAAGGACUACACUUUCUUUAAGGUAGAAACUGAAAAUAAGUUCUCCUUCAUGACAUGCCCCUUCAUCCUUAACGCCGUCACCAAGAACCUGGGCCUGUACUACGACAACCGCAUUCGCAUGUACAGCGAGCGACGCAUUACAGUGCUUUACAGCCUCGUGCAGGGACAGCAGCUCAACCCGUAUCUGAGGCUGAAGGUCCGCCGGGACCACAUCAUCGACGAUGCUCUGGUCAGGCUGGAAAUGAUCGCCAUGGAGAAUCCAGCAGACCUGAAGAAACAGCUCUAUGUGGAGUUCGAAGGGGAGCAAGGUGUCGAUGAAGGAGGCGUCUCGAAAGAGUUCUUUCAGCUUGUAGUUGAGGAGAUCUUCAAUCCAGAUAUUGGGAUGUUCACAUAUGAUGAGCUCACCAAACUCUUCUGGUUCAACCCUUCGUCGUUCGAAAAUGAGGGCCAGUACACGCUGAUUGGCAUCGUUCUGGGGCUCGCCAUCUACAACAACUGCAUCCUUGACGUUCACUUCCCAAUGGUGGUCUACAGGAAGCUAAUGGGCAAGAAAGGAACCUUCAGGGACCUUGCCGAUGCCAACCCUAUUCUGUACCAGAGCUUAAAGGAACUUCUGGAGUAUAAAGGCAGUGUGGAGGAGGACAUGAUGAUCACCUUCCAGAUUUCUCAGACGGACCUCUUUGGGAACCCCCUUAUGUAUGAUUUAAAGGAAAAUGGGGAUAAAAUUCCAGUGACAAAUGAAAACCGAAAGGAGUUUGUGGCUCAAUAUGCAGAGUACAUGCUGAACAAAAGUGUGGAGAAGCAGUUCAAAGCGUUCAGGAGAGGCUUCCACAUGGUGACCAACGAGUCGCCGCUCAAGUACCUCUUUAGACCUGAAGAAAUUGAGCUCCUGAUCUGUGGAAGCCGGAACCUUGACUUCCUUGCAUUAGAGGAAACAACAGAGUACGAUGGAGGCUACAAUAGAGAUUCUCGAAUCAUCAAAGAGUUCUGGGAGACUUUGCACUCUUUUAGCGAGGAGCAGAAGCGCCUCUUCCUGCAGUUCACCACCGGCACUGACAGAGCGCCCGUGGGCGGGCUUGGCAAACUGAAGAUGAUUAUUGCCAAGAAUGGGCCCGACACGGAGCGACUACCAACAUCUCAUACGUGCUUUAAUGUGCUACUGCUGCCCGAGUACGGCAGCAAGGAGAAGCUGAGGGAGCGACUGCUGAAAGCCAUCACCUAUGCCAAAGGCUUUGGCAUGCUUUGAGGCCCGGCCCAGUACCACUUUUACCACCACCCACUCCUAACGCACUGCAAAUAUAAGACUCCUUCUCGGCCCAUCUAGCUCCGCCCUUCUUUUUUUUUUUAUCCGACACGAUGUAAGCUGGAAGCGACAGGGGGGGGGGAAGUAAACGCUAGUCCCCCCCCUCUCCACUGUGCCUACAUCAACAACAUUAUCAGUCAGUGUAAGCACAGAGAUCUCCUGAUCAAAGUACCCGCAUCCACAUCGAUGUGGAUGUGCUGCUGCCUCCCUUUUUUAUGUAAAGAGAGGAUCAUUUUUCUAAUUAUUUAUUUCAACUUUAACCUGUUUUUUUUUUUCAUUGGUGAAACAGAAUGCAGUUUAAAAAAAAAGGUUAAUACUAUUCUGCUGAACUGGGACAAAGCAUGAUAACAAGUUGGUACAAACUAGGAUUCUUAACAUAAAGUUGUCCAUAAGAGCAUUGCCAGUCUUCAGAAGUCUUUUUUUCCCUGCCCGCCAUUUUUUUUUUUUUUUUUUUGUCCCUCUUAAAGGACUGUCUGCAACUGGAUUAAGAUUAUAUAAUAUAUAUAUACACAAACCUGUUAGCAUAUGUUAAUAGUGGGUUAUAAGAACAAUAAAUGUCUAUAUUUUUCACAAUGACAUAUUCAACUGCAUAAAAAUAUGGCUGUCUGGAGUAGACGUUACAAACACAAAAGCAGUUAAAGAGAAGCGACAACAUUCUGUAUCCGAUGACGCAUUCAAUAAUAGUUCAUGUUAGCAGCUAAACUCUGCCAAAUCGCUAUCAGUUGGAAAAUGGAGAGCGCGGUAUAUAAUACUUGAAGCACGGUUGCAAACAGUCCCUUUUAAGAAAAAAGAUAAAGCUCACAAUUUCACAAUUCCAGUCGCAAUAUGUCUUUUUUUUUUUUUUUUUUUUGCUCCAAAUCCAUGUCUGCAAUCUUUUAUUGGGAGAGGGUACUGAUUAGACUUGAGAUCGUGUCAGAGCUGUGUAAGUGCACUUAGACUUUUUCCAGAAUGUUGUUUUCGGGUGGGCCCGCAGGUUGCCACGAUUGUCUGAAGCAUUUUUUUUUUGUCUGUUUCCAUGUCUUCCUGUGUUGACGAUACUAAAUAAAAACAAAACAGUAUUUAUAUAUCAUUA